AUGUCGCAAAACUAUCUACAACUCAAUCAGUACGAGUUGACCAAGAAGGGCCGAUUUCCCGUCCACCGUGUCAUCGUUUACCCGCAUGCCGCCGUCAAGGCGGCCUGUGAGAAGGGAUUCAUGGUGAGCGCUGUCAGCUUUUGGAAGAAGCAAGCUAACUCGGUAUCUGGAGGAGACGUCGACUCGAGUGUACUCUCCAUUGAAGAAUUCGAACCAUCUACUGUGGGACUGCUCAGGGAAUACCUCUACACUGGGGACUACGUCACAGAGCACGAGAAGCGUGAUGAUCAUGGAGCUGUUAUCCUGGCAAAUAAUCCUGGCAUAUCCCAAGCACUGAUACUUCAUCUCCAUGUUGCUGCAAUCGCGGAUUACUUCGAUAUACAGCCACUGCGGAACCUCGUCCACAGCAAAGUGAACAAAGCCCUCGACAUGCCAUGGUCGUCAGAAGGCUUCGGAGAGGUCGUCAAUUUAGUUUUCGAGGGGAAUGACGAAUUCCUUCGUAAUCAGAUGGCCACAACUGUUUUCAAUCAUUUGGACGACUUUAUCCGUUGGGAUCACCCUGCACAGCUCUUCGCAAAUGACCUAUUCAGACGAGUGUUUGACCCGAUGCAGAACAGCAGACGCGCCAUGGAGCGAGAAAUCAAGAAUUUGUCGGACGAUAAAGCAGCCCUCACCAGCCGGCUCGACAUAGCGCGCAUAGUCGUGACCGGGUACCAAGUGUCUGUUGUCUCUCGUGGCUUUAACUACCUGUUCCAAGGUACUUGUGUCAGAUGUGGACAGACUAAGAAUUACAACUACAAGUUAAAUGACGUUAUUGCACCGCAAUGGGAGAGAUGCAGGAAAUUGUGA